GCUACGCUGUAAAUUGUUUCUUGGAAAGCAAUCUGUAAUUGGGUUUGAAUCGUUUGAGUCAAGUCUUGCCUGUCCUUUCGGGAGCUAUAUUGUGUUGGUUGUGAAACUUGUGAUCAAUCAAUCAAGCUCUCAACUUUAUCAGUGGAGAACAAGAUUUCUUUUUUAUGUUGAUUUGAAGAAACCAUUCUUGCUUUUGUGGAUCCUUAAAUUUUCAGUUUAGGGCUCGACAGCGUCUUAGUUGCAGAGUGCUGAUUUGUUUCUGUUGGUGUGGAUUUGGUUUGGGGACCUUAUGAGGCUUGGAGUUUCCAAAUCUGUAUAUACAAGUAUUCUGUGUGCCAAUCAACCAUAUAAGUAGUUUUUCAUCCCUUGGACUAUUUAGUUUCUGCUUGUGCCUUGACGAGGAUGUCACUUCAUAGACGAGCUCUUACUGCUCUUGCUGCUGUCCUUGCCUGGUUUUUUGCCAAUGCUUCUUUCAGUAAUGGUAAUCCGAGAGAUGUUGAAUGUCUGAGAGCUGUAAAACAGACGUUAGAAGAUCCGUUGAAUUCCUUAUCUACAUGGAAUUUUGACAAUGCAACCGAAGGUUUUAUCUGCAAGUUUACUGGAAUUGAAUGCUGGCAUCCAGAUGAGAAUAAGGUGUUAAAUGUACGACUUUCGAGCAUGGGACUCAAGGGGCAGUUUCCGCGUGAUCUUGAAAAUUGCUCAGCUCUGACAGGUUUAGAUCUUUCCAGCAACAACAUCAGUGGAAUUAUUCCAUCUGACAUCUCCAGUAUAAUUAAGUUUGUUACCACUCUUGAUCUGUCCUCCAACCAUUUAUCCGGACAAAUCCCAGAAGGUCUUGCAAAUUGUUCAUUUUUAAACAGUCUUAAGCUGGACAACAACCAACUAACGGGGCAUAUUCCUCUAGAGAUUUCACUUGAUCGACUGAAGACAUUUAGUGUAAAAAACAAUCAGCUGACUGGGCCUGUUCCAGCGUUUAUAAAUGCUAGUGUUAAUGCAGACAGCUAUGCAAGUAAUCAAGGGCUAUGUGGGGGUCCGCUGCCGGCGUGCCAGGGUCCUUCAAAGAAACCACGGACAGGAAUUAUUGUCGGGGCAGCUGUUGGUGGGGUAACCAUUGCAGCUUUAGGGGUUGGUUUUGGAAUGUUCUUCUUUAUGCGUAGGUUGCCUGGAAAGAAGAAGGAAGAUGAUCCUGAAGGAAACAAAUGGGCAAAGAGCAUUAAGGGUGCCAAAGGCACCAAGCUUUCAAUGUUUGAGAAAUCAGUUUCAAAAAUGAGAUUAAGUGAUUUAAUGAAGGCCACCAGCAAUUUUAGCAAAAACAACAUAAUUGGGUCUGGAAGAACGGGUACUAUGUACAAGGCAUUACUUGAGGAUGGAACAUCACUCAUGGUGAAGAGGUUGCAGGACACUCAGCACUCAGAGAAAGAGUUUGUUUCUGAGAUGGCUACUUUAGGAAAUAUAAAGCACCGCAACUUGGUUCCUCUCCUGGUUUGCAUGGCUAAGAAAGAGAGGCUUUUAGUCUACAAGCUUAUGCCGAAUGGAUCCCUCCAUGAUAAACUGCAUUUCCCACAUGAUGCUGACAAAAAAAUGGAUUGGCCUUUGAGGCUUAAAAUUGCUGUUCGAGCAGCUAAAGGUUUUGCAUGGCUCCAUCAUAAUUGCAACCCUCGCAUUAUUCAUCGAAAUAUAAGCUCCAAAUGCAUUUUGUUGGAUGUUGACUUUGAACCCAAGAUAUCUGAUUUUGGACUUGCUCGGCUUAUGAACCCCAUUGACACUCUGAGUACUUUUGUCAAUGGAGAAUUUGGUGACUUGGGUUAUGUUGCCCCUGAGUAUACAAGAACCCUAGUGGCCACUCCAAAGGGGGAUGUCUUCAGUUUCGGUGUUGUGCUUCUUGAGUUGGUUACAGGAGAGCUGCCUACCUCUGUGGCAAAGGCACCAGAAAGCUUUAAGGGAAACCUGGUGGAAUGGAUUUCCAAUCUAUCAAUCAACUCCAAACUUCACGAUGCAAUUGAUCAGUCUUUGGUUGCAAAGGGUUAUGAUGGUGAGCUUUUCCAGUUUCUCAAAGUUGCCUGUAGCUGUGUACUGCGCACCAAGGAGAGGCCUACAAUGUUUGAAGUAUACCAGCUUUUAAGGGCCAUUGGACAGCGAUAUAACUUCACCACAGAAGAUGACAUUUUGGUGCUUUCAGAAAAUGGAGAUGCAGAUCAAUUACAGGGCUUAUUGUUGCUCGUGAAGGAAUAGAGAUGCAAUAAAGGUAUGAGUAGGUGAGAUAGUAUUAACGAAACCAUAUAUAUGUAACUAUCAAAAGUUGUUCAUUUUCAAAUAAAUGUUGAUAAAUCGUGUGAGCCGUUUGGUUAUUAGUUUUGGGUAUCAUGCUGGAUCACUUAUAACGUGGCAUGUGAUUUUGCUGAAUAUCUUCUUAUUGUUGUGUAAGCCUUAGAUUAGAUCUGUGAUACCAGAUUGUUGGGUGAUCUGUGGGUUGAUUCUGCCUCUGUCUUUUGUUAUGGUAACUGUCUUAUCAUUCUUCUGGUAAAGUUUAUGCUACGAACCCUUUGUAAAGUUGUACUUAAUGCAACAUGGCCCUGCUUGCUAGACAACGUUCACC